AUGGCUUCCCAAAACACCGAUGCGCCAGUAUAUACUCUGGCUGAAGGACGUCCUGUUCAAGAUCCAACAGCCCAGACGGUACUUCGAGGCUCGCCGCUCAAAGGUGGUGGUCUCGCUCUACUCUCAGACACUCAGCUCAUUGAGACGCUUGCGCACUUUCCCCGCGAAAGGAUACCAGAGAGAGUUGUACAUGCAAAGGCUGCAGGAGCAUGGGGAGAGUUUGAAGUCACUCACGACAUUUCGCACAUCACAUCCGCCAACUUCCUGAACAAGAUCGGAAAGAAGAUCAAAGUCCUAGCUCGUAUCUCUACCGUCGCUGGAUCGAAGGGAUCUUCAGACACCGUCCGCGACAUCCGAGGAUGGGCACUGAAGUUCUUCACCGACGAGGGAAACUGGGAUAUGGUUGGAGAUGACCUACCCGUCUUCUUCAUCCGCGAUCCCGUGAAAUUUCCAUUUCUAAAUCGCUCCCAUCAAGCACACCCGCAGACACAUGUCCCGGACUCUACUAUGUUCUGGGACUUCCACAACAAUAACCAGGAAGGAAUGCAUGCGCUCAUGCAAUUAUUUGGCAACCGAGGCGUGCCGGAAUCUCUGCGAAACAUCACCGGCUACGGUGUCCACACUUUCAAAUUCGGCAAACCUGAAGAUAGAUCUUUCAAAUACGUAAAGAUCCACUUCAAGCCUGAUGCCGGCAACGUUACUAUGAAGUCUGCAGAUGCAGCGCGACUUGCAGGCGAAGAGCCAGAUUACCAUGUUAUGGAUCCCAAAGAGGCGGAAAACUACCGCUGGAAUAUUUUCGAUGCUACUAGGAUCUGGCCGCACGCGGACUACCCGCCCAUUCCAGUCGGCAAACUCACGCUAAACAAGAAUCCCGCGAACUACCACCAAGAUGUUGAGCAAGCGGCUUUCUCGCCAAGCACGUUAGUACCUGGCAUUGGUCCAUCAGCAGACAUCAUGCUUCAAGCAAGAAUGUUCAGCUACCCAGACGCGGCCCGUUACCGUGUUGGUCCAAAUUACCAACAACUGCCAUGCAACAGGGCCAAGAACGUUUACAGCCCCUACCAACGCGACGGUCCUAUGAGGAUGGAUGGAAACUAUGGUGCCGACCCCGACUACGUCCGCUCCUCAUUUCGUAAGAUUCAGUCCGGCCCACCGGAUGUUGCGCACGACAAGUGGGUUGGUGAAGUGAGCUCGUAUACAUCCGAGGUCACGGAUGAGGAUUUCGAGCAGCCGCGCAAUCUGUGGGCGUUGUGCAAGAAGUGGGGCGAUGACCAGAUCUUCAUUGACAACUUGAGCGGACAUAUGAAGAAGGCGUUGCCGCAGGUGCAGAGGGAAUCGAUCAAAAUGUUUGCCAAGGUCGACAAAGAGAUUGGUGAGAGGCUCGAGAAGGCAUUGGGUGAUUCGCUGUCCAUGAAGAAUGUGGACCAUGCAUACGCGACGUAUGGCCUGCAACCAACACUCGGCGGUGGAUACUAG